AUGGCUUCAACGCCGUCGCCCGCACCAUCAAGCUUCUAUGCACAGCCUAUGGCAUCUCCGUCCAGUUCACGCCCUCGCCACUCCAUAAACACCUCCUUCUCCUUCGGCCCACAAUCACUCUUGAACUCGCUGGCGAACACUAGCACUGCCUCCAACCCGCGGUCCUUCGCGCUUGACCCUAACCGAUCAAUUCUUCAGGCAUCCCCUUUUCGCUCCUCACCGCGCCUGCCGCGAAGAACGAAAACCAGUACAAGCAGACAUCCGCUCGCUCGUGACAAUACAGACGUCUUUCAAGAUGAUGGUGACGAGCUUGAAUUGGAAGGGGAAGAUUACCAGUGGGGGAUUGUCGAUCGUAUGCGCUUGUGGAGGCACGACGCGCUCAUGCAACAUUUGUAUGAUACUGCGGCCUUUUGGGGAGACAAGAUAGUAAGCUGGACCAAUGACCCAAAUGACGCGUUCUGGCUUGCCCAGACGUAUUUUCUUACUCAUCAGUAUUCGCGCGCUGAGAGGCUCCUCACUCGUCCGUUCCCCACCUCGCCACCCCAGUCUGCUCAUGUACGGCCACUCCUCAGCAAUGGCCACUUCCCUUUGGCGACAGACAUGAAGGGAAAGGGGAAGGAGAGCCUGUUCCCGAUGAUUCCGAUGACUGCUCCUGUCAUCGACCGAUUGCCGGUCGGUCCAAGUGAGAUGGUGGAUGUCGCGGUGCAGUAUGACGAGGGCAUUUCGCGGCUGGUGGAUAUGAGCGUUGCAUGUCGAUAUCUUGCUGCACAGUGUCAGGUCCGGCAAGGUAAGUGGACGGAGGCGACCGAGAUGCUUGGCGAAGCAAAUCCGUUCAGAACGUCCGGGAAAAGUGGGCGCGAUGUACCCAAUAUGGAUGGUGGGAUCAAAAUUGAAGCUUCAAUGUGCCAUUUGCGAGGGCUCCUGAUGUUGAAGCUGAACCGAGGGGACCAAGCAAAGAUAUGCUUUAUGGAAGCUCUCGGGCUUGAUGUGAAAUGCUACGAGUCUUUUGAACAAGUCGUGACUGGGGAGAUGAUGACGCCAGAUGAAGAAUGGGAAUUUGUGCAAAGUCUUGCUUAUCGAGAGCAAACGCCAGAGGAUGGCGAGUUUAUCCGGCUGAUGUACACAUCCCGAUUGCGAAAAUUUAAGCACGUCGAGGAACACGCUCUCACUCGGACACGUCUUGUGGACGAGUACGGCUUGGGUGACAACCCAGAUGUACUGUUCAGCUUCGCGGACGCGCUUUACACGCAAUUCAGGUGGGCGGAUUGUUUCGCUAUUACUUCAAGAAUACUUGGUCUUGUUUCCGUACAUGCAGCGACAAUGCCCUUGCACAUUGCGUUGGACAAGGAACCAGAAUCGCCGAUUAGCUGGUAUGCGGUCGGUGUUUGGUACUUGUCUGCGAAAAAGUGGGCAGAGGCUCGAACAUAUUUUAGCAAGACUUCGCUGAUGGAUCCGCGCUUCGCACCCGCGUGGAUUGCGUUUGCACAUACUUUUGCGUCAGAAGGAGAGCACGACCAUGCAGUCACCGCAUAUUCCACUUGUGCACGGAUGUUCACCGGAUCACAUUUACCGCUGAUGUUCGUUGGCAUGGAGCACAUUGUGCUCUCAAAUCAUUCGCUGGCUGACGAGGCCUUUCAAGCCGCAAGGAGCAUCUGUGAUGCUGACCCUUUGCUGGUGAAUGAACGCGGAGUUAUGGCAUACAAUAGGGGAGACUUUGAGCAGGCAGUCGCUCUGUUUUCCGAAGCGCUCGAGCUUGCAAAGGUAGUCCAGACGUCUCAAGGGGCUUGGACAAAUACAUAUCUCAAUUUGGGUACAUCAUACCGGCGGCUAGGACAACUGGAAGAGGCAAAAUCGGCGUAUCAGAAGGUUAUUAAGAUUGAUCCACGAAAUCAAACGGCCCUCGCCUUCCUCGGCGUAACAUAUCACCUAUUGGGUGAUAUUGAUGCCGCCAUCGUGAAGUAUCAUGAAACGCUGAGCAUUGACCCCAUCAACGGCCAAGUGUUGGAGUUGCUUGAGCUCGCGCUGGAAACUGGUGUCGAUGCAGGCCCGUUCGGUGUUAAGGGUGUUCCUGGUGGAGAGGAAGCAUGGGCACAGAAAAUGCGUGAGCACCGAGAUAGAGAUAAGGGGAAGCAGAUUGUGACUAGAGAUUUCCCUCCACGGAUCACCCAAGAAAUCGACGAGAUGAGUGUAGGCUAA